AUGCGUGCGAUCCUGCUCGCCCUCACCUGCAGCUGCCUCACUGGAGCGGCCGGCCUCGCGGCGCCGGAGGGCGUGCAGGCGCGGAGCCGCCGCGCGGCGCAGGGCAGUGGCGCGGUGGCCGGCAGGAGGGCGUUAGUCGCGGGCGCGCUGGCGUCGGCGCUCGUUGCAGCUCCCAACCCGGCGCAGGCAAAGAUAGAGGACACCAACCCGGCCAACAACUACUACUUUCCGAUGGCGCGCCGCUCCCUCCGCAGCGCGCCGCUCGGCAGCCCCCGCCUCUCUCCGCUCCCAUUUCUCCCCGGCGUUCUGGACUCCGCUGGUUCUGCCGACGGCUCCCUGAUGGCCGCCGCCCUCGCCGCAGGCCAAAAGCGCGACUGGGAGGGCCUCGCCGAGGUUGCGAGCCGCCUUGACGACGUCACGACGGCGCUGCCGCUGUACGCGUCGGCGGUGGAGGGCUCGCGCUCGACCAAGCGGAAGAAGAAGACGCCGGCGCAGAAGCAGAUGAAGGCGGACGCGAUCGAGUUCAAGGCGGCCUGCGAAGACCUGAAGACCGCGGUCGGGCGCAAGAACGUCCAAAACACGGAGAAGGCCCUGGCGCGCGCCCGCUCCUCGCUGCUCUCCGCUCGCGUGCCGGCUGCCGUAGGCGGCGUCAUCACCCUGCCGACGGGCAACGCGCUCGAGGCUGGCCACGGCGGCGCUCCGCUCGGGUACGUGGUGCCCGCCUUCCGCGGAGGAGGCAUCUCGAACGACUACUCGCUCGAGAGGGGCGUGCCUAUGAUGGAGAACGGCAAGAUCGUGCAGUCCUUCCGCGACGCGAACGAGGCGGGAGUGGUCGCCGUGGAAGGGAGGGGGAAGAAGUGA